AUGGAGGAUACGCCGUCGUCCGAGACAAUCUCUUCCACCAGUGCUCCAGCAGAUGAAGCACCGAGAAAGUUGACCAAAGCUGAAAAGAAAGCUCUAUAUCGGGUUACACAUGCAGAGCCGCUCGAAACGAGACGAAAAGUUUUGAAGGAUGUCUACUUAAACGAAAAAGACGAAUUGCUUAAGGAAGAGUUGCUCACCACCAUCCUAUUCUCUAUAUUCGAGAUUGAUGAGAAUCCCUACGAUUCGAUGCUACAGCUUCACAAAAUUUCCCCAGAUUACUCAUCCAACAAGCCGAAGUCUUUAGCUGGGACCAUAGCCACAAGUUUUUAUAAAUGGUUACUGAAACGUGACGAUAGUACUGAACUAUUCCAUAGGUGUGUCACUGAGGAACUUCAGAUGGAAGCAUUCCGCAUUGCAACUGCAAAGCAUACAGGGUAUUUGAAAUUGUUCAAGGAAGUCUUUCGCCUAAAAGAGCCAGAUUUGCUAAAUUAUGUAAAGGAAGAGAUCAACAACAUGAUCGAUCGACAUAUGUUUAAAGAAGCAAUGGAUGUUGUUGAAGAGUUCGGUCUCCAAUCUGAUUAUGGCCUACACGCUUUUGUUAUUCCUUGUUUACUACAGGACAAACUGAGUCUAGUUAUUAAAUAUGUUGAAAAUGAUAGAAAAAUGCAGGAAAGCUUGGUAGCAUAUCUGGACAGUUUCGUGGGUAUGUCGGAAUGUGAUGUUAUUGGUCGAUUACGAGAGUAUAAGGAUAACCAAAUAAUGACAAUGCAGUACGAAAGAUUCACAGGAAAAACGAUUGAGAAGAUGGUUUACAAACUCACCAAUGAACUCGCUUUACCAGUGGAAUCCGUCGCUCCGAAUCUUUUUCGUGCUCGAAAAGAGGGAGAUCUUAGGUUUAAGGUCCAGGCAAGGUUUGUGAAUCGGGAGCUUAAUGAUGAUGCGUACUUUGGUCACAUAAGUCACUUUGCCUCUAUUUUGAAAUUGCUUUCGAUUUUGAUGAGCCUGCACGAUUAUAGUGAAGACGCUGUUCGUUGGGUUGUCUACUGCAACAUUCCUGAUGCACGAUUACCUCGUCGAUUACGGGAGUACAUAAGAGAUACCCCUGGUGUCCUAGACGAAGCUGAAUCCGAUAUAAGACGGCUUGAAGCGAGGGCGCUAGAUAUUGGAGAUGAUGACCCUGAAUUGAUGCCUGGAUACCCCAUAAUCACGAUUACUACAUGGAAACAACUGGGUGCUUUAACAAAGAAGCUUGAGGGCGAGACUCAUAUUGGUAUUGAUUCGGAAUGGAAACCGCAAUACGCGUCGUUCAGUGAGAACAUCGCUCUUCUGCAGAUUGCAACUAAAGAUGCAGUUUAUUUAGUGGAUUUCAUCUCAUUGAAAAUGGGGAAUAACAUCAAAGAAAACGAGUUGGAGUCGUUUCUGCGAAGCCUUCUCUGCUGUCCAUCCAUGAAAAUCGGUUUCGAUCUCACGAACGAUUUGCGAACGCUUUUUGCUGGUUCCUCAAUGUCACAAUUACGUUCCAUUGCUGAUGAUCUCUGUAAUGUGGUCUGCAUCAAAAUGUUGGUUGAAAAUCUAAUUGAAGAAGAUCGUGGGUUUUUCGACAAGGAAGGAUUGACUAGCUCCAUCCACCAAGAAGAUUUGGACGAUGAUACUGACAGCGUUCCGUUGGUACACUUCAAGCUUAGCGACCUCAGUGAAAAACUACUAGGUGCUAAGCUUGAUAAGUCCGAACAGUGCAGCAAUUGGACGAUUCGACCCUUGCGAGCUAGUCAAAAGCGCUAUGCUGCAAUGGAUGCUUACAUCGUGGUGGAAAUAUUUUCGAAGCUAAAAGCGUCAGCCGAGGCCCGCGGCAUCGAUUUCCGAGCAAUGAUUCAGAAGUCUUGUGUAAGUGCGAAAAAGAAGGAAAGAACGAAAUCAAAGAAGGAGCGAAUGAAAAUUGAUGAUAUGCCUUGCUAUCUGCAGAGACUAGAGGAUGUGCUGUCGGGCACGCGACCUGCCACCGAACUUCAAUGCAUCGUGGAUUCUAUGCUGUUAGGGCUUGGUAAAAACCUGAGACGAUGUGGUGUGAAUGUGUUGAUACCUGAAAACAGAUAUGAUCUAAAAUGCAGGGCUUGUGGAAAUAACAGAAUCAUCCUUACCAGUGGAAAAGCUUAUGAUGAGUUGAGGCCGCUAUUCCCUUCUCGAGUUCUUUGUAUUCCGAAUGCGGGUAACUUAAAUCCAAUCGAGCAGCUGAAAUAUGUCUUCAAUAGGCACAAAGUGUCGCUUUCAGGACAGGACGUGUUUUCACGCUGUAUGGAGUGCAAUGCUUCAUGUUUUGUGAAAGUGCCAGGACCUGUGAUUCAAGCUCUUUUCGAGAAUGUUGUCUUGUGUCGAAGUGGCUUUCAUGAUGAUGUUUUCGAUUUCAAUGGGUGGGCCGAAAAGCUUUCGUCCGUCGAUCCCCGUAAUUACUCUGGUGUCGGCUGUCGUUUAAUAUUGUGCAAUAAUAAUGACAUGGUUGUGGAAUGUUAUGGCGGAACUGUUGACAUAAUAUCUAACAUCGUGACGCAUGAUCAUCUCGAGGAAGGAGUUGAUGUAAUUGUGCGACGAGUACCCGAGCAGGUAGUAUCGCGGCCUGGAAACGUUUUCUUCCUAUGUGGAUCGUGUGGAAAGGUCUAUUGGGACAGCGAUACGCAUGUUACAUAA